GAUGGUGAUGAGGUAUGCUUCUACCCCCGUUCUCCGUUAACUGUCUGUCUUUUUGCGUGCAUGUGUACAUGUACUUGAGUAAUGUUUAUAUUUGCUUCUUCUCGGCAAUGCGGGGUCGGCUCCUCGGCCCGGUAUUGAUAUCAAUUGAUUUGAUGCACAAAGUAUGAUGUAUGCUGACGGUCCGCUGGAUACGUCUAGAUGACUAGGAUUAUCUGGCAAGAUAUUAAGGACAAGUUCAUUUUCCCAUACCUUGAUAUCGACCUCAAGUACUAUGACUUGGGUCUUCCAUACCGUGACGAGACCGAGGACCAGGUCACCAUUGACGCCGCCGAGGCCAUCAAGAAGUAUGGUGUCGGUGUCAAAUGCGCCACCAUUACUCCUGAUGAAGCGCGUGUCAAGGAAUUCAAAUUGAAGAAGAUGUGGUUGUCUCCCAACGGCACCAUUCGAAAUAUCCUGAAUGGCACCGUCUUCCGUGAACCCAUCAUCAUCCCCAACAUUCCCCGUCUUGUAUCCAGCUGGAAAAAACCAAUUAUCAUCGGUCGUCAUGCCUUCGGCGAUCAAUACCGUGCCAUUGACCGCUUAAUCCCCAGCGAAGGCACUCUCGAGCUCGUCUUCACGCCCAAGGACGGCCAACCCGAGCGCCUGAACGUCUUCGACUUCAAGGGCCCCGGUAUCGCGCAGACACAGUAUAACACAGACGAGUCUAUCCGUGGCUUCGCACACGCCAGCUUCAAGCUAGCCCUGCUCAAGGGCCUCCCCCUCUACAUGAGCACCAAAAACACCAUCCUCAAGAAAUACGACGGCCGCUUCAAGGACAUCUUCCAGGAAAUCUUCGACAAGGAGUACAAGAAGGACUUUGACGCCAAGAAAAUCUGGUACGAGCACCGCCUCAUCGACGACAUGGUAGCACAGAUGAUCAAGAGCGAAGGCGGCUUUGUGAUGGCCCUGAAAAACUAUGACGGCGACGUCCAAUCCGACAUCGUCGCGCAAGGCUUCGGCUCUCUCGGCCUUAUGACCUCGACCCUCGCAACCCCCGACGGCACAGCCUUCGAGUCUGAAGCCGCUCACGGCACCGUCACACGACACUAUCGCGAGCACCAAAAGGGCCACGAAACCUCAACCAACCCGAUCGCAUCGAUUUUCGCGUGGACACGCGGGCUGAUCCAGCGCGGCCAGGUCGACGACACGCCCGACGUGGUAGCCUUCGCCCAAGCCCUCGAACAAGCCUGCAUCGACACCGUCAACGAAGACGAGAUUAUGACCAAGGACCUUGCUCUGGCGCGCGGCCGAAAGGACCGCGAGGCCUGGGUGACGACCCGCGAGUACCUCGAUGCGGUCGAGAAGAGGCUCAAGGGGAAUCUGAGUAAGGCGAAGCUGUGAUGAUGAUAUAUACAUAUAUAUAUAUAAAUAGUUAUGUGCUCGAGCUGGAGAUUGGAUAUGAAGUCUAUUUUUAGUAGAACUAGAUGUUUGACAAAGGUAUAAAUGUUUUGACGUGUGCUGAAUGAAUGAUGAACAUGGACUAUCCACUGGAUAUAUUUUCAAAAGUAUUGUAAAUACAUUAUAGCCGAAAAGUAGUCGUUCAUGUGAAGAUGGUUAGGUAGGUAGAUUGGUUAUGGCUCGGAGAAAAUAGGAAUCAUGCAUACCUAGGC